UGUGGAUGUGUUUAGCAGCAGAGGAGGGAAAUACACACAGGAGUUACAGGCUCUAUACUCAGGAACAUGGACUGGCCGCUUAUUCUUAACCUGCGGAAUAACUUUGUGUUAAUGAAUCUUUAAAGAAGAUAUUCAAUAUUCUUGGCAAUGGGAAACCCUGGAAAAAAUAAUGGAUCUGUUCACACCUGCACUUUCUUUACUUUAAAGCAGAUCAAGAGAUGUUUAAAAAAAAUAGAAACAUAAGGAAAAGAGACAUGCAUACACAAUAAUGCUCAGAAAUGAUGCGCGCCUACUUGAAUCUCUUUAGUAUUUGAAUAGAAAUAGUACUCUGAAAAGUACAGAUGAUUCAGAACAUGUACCGUACCAAAAAGAUUCUUAGAAAAUUCCUAGAUGUUGAAAAUAAGUAGACAGAUGUCUGAUUUACUACAGCACCAGAUCACCUUACAUAUGCAGUAGAUUUUGGCACAAGUUCAUAAAAAGUAUGUUAUGGCGCUGGAAGGAGAUCAGAGGAAGCAAUAGCAAUUAAUGAAGCUAUAAUGUUAUGCUGUGGAUGAUGUAGGCCUAACUCCUGACAUGCCCAACAAAUAUGGUCACGAGAGAACCAGCAUCUUUACGUCCUCACUAAAGAUGGACAGACAGAACAGUACAGGGAAAAAAAUGAAGAAACCUAAAAACUUCCGAUCUAUAUCCAAGUCUCUUAUUCUUUGUAACACCAAAAACAGUGAUGAUGGGUCCAGUCUGGAAGAAAAGUAUUCUGAAAUCAAUGACAUAUCACGCGCAAGUGUACGAGACACGGAGUCAUCUACAGCUGAUACAACGCACACAGAUAGCACUUUGCCAGAUCUCACAGGAAAAAAUAUUGCUUUGUCCAAAGCUGCUUCCAGUGACAAACCAACAAACAAAUUAUCUCUAAAGGAAACAGCUUUGAAUGCUUUCAUAGAAAGUCAAACGAAACUGGAAAAUCACUGCAUGCUACAAAUGAAGGUUCCUUGCGUCAGGACUCGGAGUAAUUCCACAAGUGUGAAUCCUUAUUGGAUUGGUGAAAUUGACCCUUCUGCAACUAAGAAGCCAUCACUAUAUAGAGAGAGGCAAUCCGCAAUCCUGUGCAGCAACAGAAAGUCUUUGUCUCAGCAAUUCGACUCUACUACAGGGGUCGUCCAGGGUGUCACCCGUUCAUCAAGGUCCCUGAGUUCAGCACAACUAAUGAACAUGAGAAGCUCAUCACAUGCUUCUGUCAUCUCCAAUAUUAUCUUAAUGAAGGGCCAAGGCAAGGGAUUGGGUUUCAGCAUUGUUGGAGGGAAAGAUAGCAUUUAUGGACCUGUGGGUAUUUACGUGAAGACAAUAUUUCCGGAUGGAGCUGCUGCAGCUGAUGGAAGGCUUCAAGAAGGGGAUGAAAUUCUGGAACUAAAUGGAGAGUCAAUGCAUGGCCUAACACAUAAUGAUGCUCUACAGAAAUUUAAGCAGGUGAAGAAAGGAGUGAUCACUCUCACAGUUCGGACAGGACUCAGUGCACCAGAUAUCAUCAAAGCCUGCAACUCUCAAAUGGUUCGCUCCAAAAGCUCCAGCACUUGCGCAGUGCGAGAGCAUAGUCCGCUACAAUCAGAAAGCUCUAAUCCAAAUAACAGAGUUAUUAUGGAGGUGUCACUACAAAAAGAAUCAGGGGUUGGCCUGGGUAUUGGACUGUGUAGUGUUCCAAACUGUGGUAGCAUUUCUGGAAUAUUUAUCCAUACACUCUCUCCAGGUUCUAUGGCUCACAUGGAUGGAAAAUUAAGGAAAGGUGAUGAAAUUGUGGAAAUAAAUGAACAUGUUGUCACAAACAAGUCCCUGAAUGAAGUCUAUGCAUUAUUAAGCCAUUGUCACCCCGGACCCAUCAUUAUUCUCAUCAGCAGACACCCAGAUCCACAGGUUUCUGAGCAGCAAUUGCAGCAAGCAAUGGCUGAGGCCGUGGAACGAGACCAUCCUCAGUGCAACGUGGAAGGAGAUAAAAAGAUGUUCUCAUGCUCCCAUGGGAAAUACCAAUGUGACCACUGUAUAGAGAGGUACGCAGCAUAUUUAUAUUACAACCGAAGGGAACAGAAACCAAUGAUUCGCUCAAGCAGUGACAGCAAUUAUAACCCUAGAUCUGCCAGCGCAGACACCUACCAGCUGUAUGACCUAAAGAACAGGGUGCAUAGUGUGGACGUGCCUGUGCGAGCAGAGCACACCCAGCCACAUUAUUCUGCCCCAGUAAGCAUGGAUGACCAUUCACCCAUAAGCAGUGAAACUCAAGCCUCAACUCAGGUUCUGUGUAAGAAAAUGAGUGGACACUCAGGAGAGAUCAUAGUGAAGAAACUACCAUCAAAACCAGCUCCACCACCAAGGAAAUACUACAAGCAAGAUACCAAGGAUGAAGAAGCAGGAAACUUGCUGCUAAAAGGAAACCAGCAAAUGACAGCCCACAGAGUAUUACAUACAACAGUAUCUUCUACCGAAUCCUCGCACACAACGCCUGGCGAACAAAAGUCUCCAGACACAGGAAAUCCUAUUGUUUCACAUCACAAGCCAUUACUGAGACGACAGGCACGUGUUGACUACAGCCUCGAUACACCACCAGAAGAUCCCUGGGUCAGGAUAUCUGACUGUAUAAAAAAUCUAUUUAGUCCCAUAUUAUCUGAGGACCACGGCCUAAUGGAUCUAGAUGGAAGCAUUGGCACAGGAGUGGAUAGCUCUGUGCCUGCUCAGAUAGAGCGUGGGCAGCAACAAACUCAGGGUACGGAUUGUAGUUCUCAGACAUGUAGAAAUGAAGAUAUAGGGAACAUGAAGAAAGGCCCGCCAGUAGCACCCAAACCUGCUUGGUUCCGUCAAAGUUUAAGAGGGUCUAAGAAUGGAGACAGAAGAGCAGACAGCACCCCUCAAGUAAAACCAAGGGAACCUAGUUAUAGUUUUAGGCCACAAAUUUCCAGUAGGGCAUCAAUCAAGCAGAGAAUAAGCUCAUUUGAAACCUAUAGUACACCACAGCCACCAACAAAAGGGAAUGACAGGCUCAGUGCUCGAAAUCCAGCCCAACAUGUGAAACCUACUAGCAAGGAACUAGAAGUAGAAUGUGUAACCGUAUCAUUCAAUAAGGUCACUGUCAACUCAGUUGAGAGUCAAAUUAAAGAAAUAAGUGAUCCUAUGAUAGUGUCUCCAGUGGACAAGAAUGAAAACAGACUGUCACACUCUCCACCAAAGAUAUUGACUACAAGAAGAGCUAGCAGUACCAGUAAUGAACCACAACACCACUCUUCAUAUACAGAACUCACUGAGCCCCUACCAUUCAAAACUCCAAGCCAAAGAUCAAGGAGUUAUCCAUUGACCUCCACACCAUCCAUCGAUAACAGCAAGAUUUCCGAAAACUCAAGCAAAAUCUAUUCUAUAAGUAACCAGGUGUCUUCUGCCCUUAUGAAAUCUUUGCUGGUCUUCCCUCAGUCACCAAGUACCCAUGGUAGUGAUAUAUGGCAAUUUGAGGCUACUACUCGAGAAGAGAACACCCCAGCUUUAUCAGGUGAAAGUCAACAUGUGGACAUGGGAUUUUCUGUUAACCUUUCAGAACUGAAGGGGUAUAGCGUGGGACAGAUAGAAAGGGAGAAGGAAGAGAAGGUUUCUCUGCCAUCAGCAAGUGUGAGUGCCGGCCAGUCCGUCAUUUCCCUACUUCCUCUAGAAGAACUGACACAGCUAAUAGAGGAAGUUAAAGGACUGGAUGAGAAAACACUGAAGCAAUUUGAUGACAUCCAUGUGGUGGUUCUCCACAAGGAGGAAGGCACCGGUCUAGGCUUCAGUCUUGCAGGAGGUGUUGAUCUGGAAAACAAAGAAAUCACUGUGCAUAGAGUGUUCCCUGAUGGACUGACUGCUCAUGAAGGAACAAUACACAAAGGAGAUAAAGUUUUGUCUAUUAAUGGAAAAUCACUGAAAGGUGUAAGCCACAACGAUGCUUUAGGAAUUCUACAUCAGGCUCGCCACCCCAGACAAGCUGUCAUUGUAAUAAAGAAAGAAACAGAUGGAGGGCAAGAAAUGGACACAAUGGAACCCUGCGGCAUGUUUGAUGACUCUCCAUCUAAUUCAGACAGUACAGGAUCAACAAUGAAUGUAACUCUUGAAAAGAAUUUGUCCGGUUUAGGAUUCAGUUUAGAAGGAGGCAAAGGCUCUGUUAAUGGAGACAAGCCUAUUGUCAUUAACCGGAUAUUUAAAGGUGUGUCAGACAAGAACGAUGCUGUGCAGCCCGGAGAUGAAUUAUUGCAGUUGGGAAAUAUCAACCUACAAGGUCUGACUCGGUUUGAAGCCUGGAAUGCUAUCAAGACGUUGCCCAAUGGGCCAGUACUCGCUGUUAUUAGGCGAUCUAACACCACUGACUCCAUGAGCAAUCCCUAAACAAAGUGGCACAUGGAGGAAAACUGCUUAUAGCCUAUUACACCACUGCAUUUAUUCUUCCUGACAAAUGGCAGAAAAACUGCUAUAUGCAGAAAUGGAAGGAAAAGGACAGGACAGAAUAAUCUUCAGAACCUAUGAAUCCUAUUAAUGAUGUGAUGGUAUAUUACAUUGGUGCAUUGGAUUAAAGGGGUACUUCGGUGGAAAACUUUUUUUUUAAUCAACUGGUGCCAGAAAGUUAAACAG